AACAUGUAGUAGUAAUGAAUAGUUUUUAUUUGAAGUACACCUUUUUUACCUCCCUUUCAUAAUUUAAGAUAAGUCUUUUAUGUCUGUAAAGUUUCAGCUUAAAACACCCAUCAGAUUAUUUGUUAUACAUUUAGAACGUUGAGAUUUUUUGCUUUAAACACUUCGACUUAGUGAUUAAACACGUUUUUUAAAUUUUCUUAAAAUGUAUAGAGUAGAGGAUUUGAUUAACUCCAAAUACGUGUGUCUGUGUAUGUCAGAAAGUGGAGGGAGAAAUGCCAAUAAGUCAUGACUGCAACAGUAAGUGGCAAAAAAAGACUUUUAUUUUGGCGUGGUGUGUGACGUCAUAAGCAUGCGCUGUCCCCGCGCCGUGAUUUAACUGGAGAAAGGAUAAAGUGUCCAAACUCAGAGAAAAACUCCUGCUGAAGCGACUGAUCUCCACACUGUUAUAAAGAUGACAUUUAUUAAAGUAGAAAGUGAAGACCUGAAGAUUGAAGAAACAUUCACAGUCAAACAGGAAGAUCUGCAGGAACAAACAGACCUGAUGGUGUUGAAAGAAGAGGCUCAUGAACAGAAUGAAAUGGAAGAGAAACUCCAAGAAAUAAUGACUGAUGAAAAACCUACACUGAAUAAAAAGACUUCAUCUCGUGGAAGACCUCGGAAAUCCAAAUCUGCGUGUAAUUUCAGCAGUAAACAGAGUAGAAAGAGUUUUAGUCAAAAGUCAAACCUUGAUGUUCACACUAGGGAGAAACCUUACACCUGCGAACAGUGUGGAAAGAGUUUUGGUCACAUACAAGGCUUUGAAAACCACAUGAGAAUUCACACUGGAGAGAAGCCUUUCAGCUGUAAACAGUGUGGAAAGAGUUUCAGUCAAAAGGCAAACCUUGAUGUUCACAUGAGAGUUCAUACUAAGGAGAGGCCUUACACCUGCGAACAGUGUGGAAAGAGUUUUACUUAUAAACAAGGCUUUACAACCCACAUGAGAAUUCACACUGGAGAGAGGCCGUACACAUGCCAACAGUGUAAAAAAAGCUUCUAUCAUCCAGGAAACUUUGCAGUGCACAUGAGAAUUCACACUGGAGAGAGGCCGUAUACAUGCCAACAGUGUGGAAAAAGCUUCUAUCAAUCAGGAAACUUUGCGGCGCACAUGAGAAUUCACACUGGGGAGAGGCCGUACUCUUGCAUCCAGUGUGGAAAGAGUUUUAAGCAAAAUGGCACCCUUGAAGUCCACAUGAGAACACACACUGGAGACAGAAGUUUUAUUUGCACACACUGUGGGAAACAUUUUUCUCAAAAACAUGACCUUAACAUCCACGUGAGGAUUCACACUGGAGAAAAACCUCACACAUGCACACAGUGUGGGAAAAGGUUUAUUCAAAAAACAAGUCUUGGCAACCACAUGAGGAUUCAUACUGGAGAGAAACCUUACAGAUGCACAGAGUGUGGGAAAACUUUCCCACAUAAAAGCACACUCAAACACCACAUGAGAACUCACACUGGAGAGAAGCCGUUUGCAUGUGCUCAGUGUGGAAAGCGCUUCACAACCAAAGCUAGCCUCAAGAACCUCAUGGAUAAUCACACUGGAACCAUAGUGUUGACAUGUGAUCAGUGUGAAAAGAGUCUCACACGCAAAGAAUCCAUCAGGAAACACAUCAGGAAGAUUAACUCAGGAGAGGACCCUUUUAGAUGCAGUGAGUGUGGAAAAGGCUUUAAACGUAAAAGAAGCCUCAGCACUCACCUAAAGCUUCACAUUAGAGAGCAGAGUCCCCAAAAUUGAGGCCUUGUCCACACAAACACUGGUACAUUCAAAACAGCAGCUUUUUCAUGUAGUUUGGCUGUUCAUUCAAG